GCAGUUUGCUGUGGGCAGGAGAGGCAGUCAUACUCGUGCUCUCUCAACUUUGCCCAGCACUGCCUUCCACAGUUCUCUCUCUAUUUGUCUGUCUCUCUCUUUCUCUCUCUUUAGUUGUUCCUCGCUUUGGAGCAUUUCCAUUCCUUGUUUUCAUUUCUUUCCAUACCAGCCUUUCUCACUUAUUUUAUCUAUACAUCUCUCUAAUUGUUCUCACUUUUAUCCCGGCUGCAUCUUUCUGUCCAGCUUUCUUUCGUCCUUCUUCCAGGACUAACAGGGGCAAUCUUCAGGCUGCCACAUGGAGUCACGGUAUCAUGGACAUCACCCUCUGACUUCGACAAGCCUGCCCACGCCGUUCAUGGCAUGGAUGAAGUGGCCUUAUGUGGAAGGUGAGCAGGGGCCAAGCUGUGUGGCCCCCGGGGGCCCCGGCCGUGUGUUGCUGCAGGAGCUUCUCUGGCAGUUAGAACACAGAGAGCGGCAGGCUUUGGAGGAAGAGCUGCAACAUCGCUUCUCCCACAGCAGCAGUCUGGCAUACAGACGCCCCCUUGCCCGGCCCAGCUUGCUUGCCCUGAUGCCGUCCUCCGAGUGCAGGCAGCUGGAGCGCCUCUGUGCCCGCAUCCCACCCUCACACACUGCUACUGUCCUCUCCAGGUUCCGUGACAUUUUGGCUCACAAUGAUGUCCUUCCCUGGGAGCUUGUGUGCGUCUUCAAGCAGGUGCUGAAGGACUUCCUGAGAAGGCAGGACGAGUACAGGCGUCCAUUCCCUCUGCCCCCGCCAACACUACUUCCUGUUUCUCCUCCUCAUGCAGAAAGCAAUGGCAGCACCCGACAGUCAAGGAAAUCGCCUUCUGCCACACCCUCACCUGAAGGGCAGGAGAGGCAUAGAGAAGAGAUCCCCACCAUCUCCAGCUAUGUGGACAGGCAUUUGCGCAGCGCCUGCCCUUAUGCUGUCCAAAGAGACUGUCUGCCCUACUGCCAGUCCUUGCCCUAUGACUGCCCUGAAGCUUACAGCACCACUCUGUGAAGGGCAUAAAUAGCUCAGAGAAACCCUAGUGACCACUGUGUCCUUCCUCUGCAGAAUCACCCCUUGGACUCACACCCAGGACUGUAGUAAUGAGAGCAUGCCAGUAGUAUGAGUCAUUGUACAAGCAAGAACAAGGCGUGGGUAUGUUUUUUUUUAAAUAUGAGGGACUGCCUUUCCAGUAAUGGAUCAUAGUGACUCACCAAACAGGUUUAUGGACUGGACCAAGGUCUAAGAAAGAUUAAUAUACAGAUUUGAAAUUAAUAGAGUCUAUUUAAUUAAAUGCACAAGUCAAUUUGUUGCAUUGUUUUACAUUCCACUUUUAAACUAAAUGAAAUUUUUGCAAAGACUUUGUAUAUGCAAAGGUCAGAGACCACCCUUCAUUUGUUUCACUUCUUGGAUUCAUAUUGCAGCAUUGGCAGACAUUCUUUUCCAGAGCAACUUACAAUUUGAUCACUUUAUACAGGUAGGCAAAGGUAGUGUUAGGAGUCUUGUCCAAGGACUCUUAUUGAAAUAGUGUAGGAUUCUAGUCCAGGCUGGGGAUUAAACCCCUGUCUGCAGCAUAGAAGGCAGAGAGCAUUGCCCACUACACUACACCAACCUCUGCCCAGCAUCAGGAAAAUAGCAGAAAUAAUAUAUUUAACAGAAAAUUACACUGGAUUACAUACAAUAUUCCAUUCUUCAGUAUUUUGUUUGUCAACCCUUGUUCUUGUUAUCCAAGUAAUCCAAAAAACACUUGGUGAUGUUAAGAUCUGGACUCUGGGGUGAUCGGUCCAUUGUUUUGAAUAUGCUAGUGACCUCUUUGUUUGAUUUGCAAAUGUUACACAUUUAUAUAGCAUUGACUCGGCUUCUCACAGUAGAAGGAUGGACAGAAACUCCUGUGGAUAUCUUCAGAUCUGAAGCGAGAGUGGAGCUUGAUUUUCUUUCGAAGAUGAAAGAUGUAAGUGCUGUUUAUCUGAUGGUGAGUUUUGGUGGUCCACUGGCUCUCACACAGUUGUCAGAAGUUCCAUUUUCUCCCUAUCUUUUAAUACUCCAGUGUUUGAAACUCCUCCUGAAAACUGCUUAUGCAAAUUGAUGAUUUGUACUCAAUCUCCUCAGACGUAUGUCCCGAAUCACUUGCACUUAAUGACUAUUUUGACUGGAAUCUAAAUAAAUGAAAGGUGCACGGACUUUUGCACAAAAUUGUAUGUCAAAUAUUUUCUUGAGAAAUGAGAGUUUGGUCUCUACAUGCUUAAAUGUACACAUGCAUCCCAAAGAGCAGGAGCUUGGUGUGGAUGAGGGGGUAGGAGAAGACUGUGAGCAGCACAAACAUGGGCAUACGAUAGUGCUGCCUAAUCUGCCUUGUUUGCAGUUAUGUUUCUGGAUUAGAGAGCAGAGAUUAGCCUGUGGGCAAAGGAGAGCACAGCACUGCUUAUGCCUCAGUAGAUCUUCCUCUCUGCAUGCAACCCAAGAAUUAUUUAGCAAGCUUUGUUUUUCACAGACAACUGUUGUGUGUGUACAUCAAGGGUAAUACCUUUUCCUUUUGUGUAGUGGAUAGGUGAGCUAUAAUUAUAUCAACACGAAGCCUAAAAUUGCAAAUUAAGAAUGCAUGGGACAACAAGGACGUCGAGGCAAUGUGAAAGAGCCAUGGGACGUUCUUCUUUUACUGUGGAACACCAGCAGGCCCAAAAAGAGUGUGUGUUUUUGUACUAGCAGAAUACUGUAGACUGUUACUCAAAAGCCCACCUUUAGUCACUGGUCAUUUUUUGUCUAAUAAAGUGUCUGUUUUAUUGUAAAUGAAUGAACAUAGACCAAACACUGCUACUAUUCAGCAAAAUGUUACAUGCAUUUUGUAAUUCUCUAAGCUUGUAUUUACCAUUUGAUAAUCAUAUGUUUGAUGCCUUGACCGAAUUACUGAAUAAUUUAAAUAAAGGGCACAUAAUUUGG